AUGCCGUCUCCUCCCCCUGACUGGGUGAAAGCCCUCAAGCCCGCCCAGCCUCAUGGCUCGCAACUCCUGCAGCAGGAGCGCGCUCAAUCCAAUGUUGCCGUUGAUCGGCUAGGCGAAUUGCUGCACACCAAGGAGGCAUUGGACCGUCAGCAGCGGAUUCUCUCCAUCUUGCAGGCGGAAGAAGUCUUCGACAAAUCACAGAAUCACACUCUGGGCCGGACCGAGCGGAUCCAGCGCUCCCUGGCCAAGGGAAAGCGACUGCAGCAGUUGUCGGUGCAGCACAACUGGUCGCAAGAGGAGUACCACGCCGCCAAUGAAUUGCUGGCCGAACCGACUCCAUAUGGACUGCACGCGACGAUGUUCUUGGUCACCUUGCGGGAACAAGGAACCCCCGAACAACACAAACUCUUCCUCGAGCGCGCACAGAAUUAUCAGAUCCUGGGAUGUUAUGCACAAACAGAGUUGGGGCAUGGGUCGAACGUGCGGGGACUGGAGACUACGGCCACGUGGAACCCGGAGGAUAAGACCUUUACCAUUAACUCGCCGACCCUGACGGCGUCCAAGUGGUGGAUCGGAUCGCUGGGUCGUACGGCGAACCAUGCGGUGGUCAUGGCCCAGCUGUAUAUCAAUGGCAAGAAUUAUGGCCCGCACCCAUUUGUGGUUCAGAUCCGUGAUAUGGAGACCCAUCAGCCACUGGAGAAUGUGUACGUUGGGGAUAUUGGCCCGAAGUUUGGUUACAACACCAUGGACAAUGGUUUCCUCCUGUUCAACCAUGUCAAGAUUCCCCACGUGAACAUGCUGGCCCGGUUCUCGCGCAUUGACAAAGAGACCAACCAGUACAUGCGCCCGGCCUCGCCGUCUCUCAUCUACGGUACCCUGACGUGGGUGCGCUCCAACAUUGUGCUGCAGUCGGGUGGGGUUCUGGCCCGGGGUGUAACCAUCGCCACCCGCUACUGCGCGGUGCGCCAGCAGUUCCAGGACCGGGAUGCCACCGGCAACGUGGGCGAGAACCAGGUUCUGAACUACAAGAUGGUGCAGAUUCGACUUCUGCCUCUGCUGGCAUCCAUGUACGCCCUGCACUUUACCGGUCGCGGCAUGAUGCGCCUGUAUCAGGAGAACCAGAACCGCAUGAAGGCGGCCGCCCAGGCGGCCCAAGAGAAGCGCGGUGCCGGACCGGAGGAGCUGCGGGCGGGUGCCGACCUGCUGGCCGAUCUGCAUGCCACGUCUUGUGGUCUCAAGGCCCUGGCGAGUACGACGGCAGGUGAAGGUCUCGAGGUGUGUCGCCGUGCUUGCGGUGGCCACGGAUACAGCAGCUACAGCGGCAUCGGGCCGUGGUACUCGGACUACCUUCCGACGCUCACCUGGGAGGGUGACAACUACAUGUUGACACAGCAGGUGGCCAGAUAUCUUCUUAAAUCCGCCCGUGCCGUGUUGGCCGGCAAAGGAACCACCAACGACACCUCCCGCAUCCUGCAGGCCUACUUGGCCCGCCGUGACAUGGGUGCCUCGUUUGACAUUCUCGGCAACGACGCCGACAUUGUGGCCGCGUUCGCCUGGCGGACGGCCCAUUUGACAUUUGAGGCGCUCAAGCACCGGGACGUGGAGAAGCGGUCGUGGAACAGCCUGCUGGUCGAUUUCUGGCGUCUGUCCACGGCGCACUCGCAGUACCUGGUGGUGAAGAACUUUUACGAGGCGGUCACCUCGCCCGAGGUGACGGGGGCAUUGGACGCCGAGACAGCUGGCGUCCUGCACAAGCUGUUCCGACUGUAUGCGCUGCACACGCUGGAGCGCGAAGCAUCCGAGUUCUUCUCAUCCAGUGCCGUGACAGUCCGCCAGAUCGGACUGACGCAGAACAACGCGGUGAUGAAGCUGCUGGAUGAGCUGCGGCCGCAUGCCGUGCGGUUGGUCGAUUCCUGGAAGAUCCCCGACUGGCAACUGGACAGCAGUCUCGGCAAAUACGACGGCGACGUGUAUCCGGAUCUGUUCCGCCGAGCGAGUCAGGAGAACCCGGUCAAUGACCUGGUAUUUGACCCGUACCCAUGGAAUGCAGCCGUCCUGAAGCCGAAGAGCAAGCUGUGAUGAUACCUCUGGUCUGUGGCGCUAGGUGGGUAGAUUAGUGACAUAGAGUAUCUAGACUAGAGAAUAGAUGCAUACCACUUCACCCUGCAC